AUGGCAUCCACUUCCGCUGUAGGGUCGUAUUCGAACCCUUUGAAAAAGUUCAAGCUGGUGUUCUUGGGAGAGCAGAGCGUUGGCAAAACGUCCCUGAUUACGAGAUUCAUGUACGACUCAUUCGACAAUACAUAUCAAGCGACCAUCGGAAUCGACUUUCUGUCAAAGACUAUGUACCUAGAGGACAGGACUGUCCGACUCCAGCUUUGGGAUACAGCCGGUCAAGAAAGAUUCAGGUCGUUGAUUCCUUCCUACAUUCGGGAUUCGAGCGUUGCUGUUGUUGUUUACGAUAUUUCAAACGCCAAGUCCUUCCAGAAUACCCGGAAAUGGAUUGACGACGUACGAGGGGAGCGUGGCAAUGAUGUUAUCAUUGUUCUAGUUGGCAACAAGACUGAUCUUAACGACAAGCGCGAGGUCACCACCGCGCAGGGUGAAGAGGAGGCUAAGAAGAACGGGUUGAUGUUUAUCGAGACUAGCGCCAAGGUUGGUCAUAACGUCAAGCAACUUUUCCGGCGGAUAGCCCAAGCUCUACCAGGCAUGGAAGGCGAAGGUAGUAGAGGAGAGAGCCAAGUGAUCGAUGUGAACAUCAACCCAAAAGAGACCACAACCAACGAUGGAUGCGCAUGCUGA